GAGAUUUUGUUUAAAAUAUGGCGGCGUUUGCCAAACAUCUCUAGACACGAUUUAAAUGUCAGAAUUUGUGACUUUGUGAUGGAGUCAGUUAUAUCUUAAUUCAGUUCCAACUUAUGAAGGCCAGACAUGUCUAUGCUAAGCACAAGCAAGAAAAAAUCAAACAAAAAAGAUCAAGAUAACUUGGAUGAUCUUCUUGGAGAUCUUCUAGAAGCAGAUAAAACUCCUAAGAAGACGACAGGAAAGAAUCAAACUCAUGCAGCAUUCAGAAGCGGUGGAAAGGAUGAUGAUUUCUACAGCAGUUUGGCAGCUAUGGCAGAGAAUGGUGAAGAUUCAGAUGUGUCAGAGGCAGAUGUUAACACUUUGGCUAAAUCUAUUGCUGGUCUAGAUGACAUGGAUGCUGAUCUGUUUGGCAGUGGCCUGAAGAAAAGAGGCAGCCUUAAAAGCAGUGGCAGCAAACAGAACAGACAGGGAGGUAAUGUUCCCCUUUCACAAAGUACCCCACCACCUCUUGCUGCUACCAACAAUGGCUCACCACAAAGAGUAGCUUCUCCUAAUCAAGCUCUAAGUCCUCCAAACAGUGCUCGGGGAAUGGGGCUCAAAAAGAAGCCAGUCAAACCUUCAGCUACCACUCAGUCUCCACCACCACAUGUCCAAGCAGAGCACAAGCCCGGUACAGCACCAGGAAAAAUGUCUGAUAUCAGGGGAACUGGUGCAAAUCUAAAACCAGGCCAACCUAAGGAAGAACAGCGACCCAGCACAACCCCAAAAGCCAAACAGAAAUAUGAUUUUGGAGACUUUGAUGAGGAUGACCCACUAGCAGGUUUAUUGCUGGAUGAAGACAGUGUGUCAGAAGCAGCCAGAAAGCCCAUAGACAGCAGUGGUGCGAGGAAGAAGACUGUGGUUGGCCAGCAAGCGCCACAAGAGGAAGAGCCAAAAUCACUACAGCCACAAUCUCCUCGGAAGCCUAGUCUUCUCGAAAGACCUCCUACUCGUAGUGGCAGUGGAAAUUUAAAGUCCCCAGAUGCUCCUAAGACACAACCGUCUCCACCAGUUACCAAGCAUAAGGAAGAAAUGGUGUUCAGUGAUGACGAUCAAUUUUUGGAUGGAUUGGGGCUGGAUGUUGGUGAAUCAGUGCCUUCCACUGCCAGAUCCAGAUUGAGUCAGUCUGUAGAUGAAGAGAGCAGACCAGCUCGCUCCAUGCUGGACAGUCUUCUGGGUCGCGGAGAAAGUUCUGCUGCUAGUCAUCUAGAGACCAAAGAAAGACCAAAGCAGUUUGUACUGGAUAAGAAAUACACACAGUCAAAAGGAGAAAAAGCAGAGCAAGAUGAGGAUGACCUUCUUUUUGGCAACUACCAGCCCUCAGCUGCAUCUGGCUCUCGACCCAGCUCUAGGCGCUCUGUCAGGUUUCAGGAUGAUGAUGAUAUAUUUGGCAAAGACCCACCAAGUAGCAUUCAGCGGCAGCAUAGUGGAGGUCAUUUUCCAGGUGACAUGGGAUGGUUAGAGGAAUUAAGUAGGGAAGAAAAGUCAGCACAACCUUCUAGAGUUGUACCCCCAUCAACAUCCUCAACUGGCACACCUACAUCAGCAGCUGCAAAACCUUCACAAGCUCAGUCUUCAGGAACCAAAGCAGCUCAGAUAGUUUCUAAGACUCUUAGCAGUUUAUUAAAAGCUGAGGAGGCAGUGCCUCAAGCUUUUCCAACUGCUAAUGAGGAUCAUCCCAAACAGAAUGCAGAGCCACCUUCUGUAGAGCAGGUAACUGACAAAGGGUUGAAGAAACCAAAUCCAAAAGACUGGCUUGGGUUGGGGAGUUCAGAUUCAGACGAGGAGUAUUUCAAGCCAAAGCGAGUGCCUUCACGAUCACCAGGCAUUGUUCAGAUCCAACCUAAAAUACUGUCUCCCAGUCACAUCGCAAGAAAUGUUACAAAGCCUGAAGCCUUGGCACAGCCCAGAGAUGAUGAUGAUAAUGAUGAAGAAGACUCCUUAAUGGAACGAGUUCGAGCAAGACGUGAGCAAUCCAAAGCCAAUCAAGCCACACUCCCUUCAGCAGUUUCCUUGUAUGGUGCAGUGGACCCUAAGGCAUUGGCAAAGCCACCUGUGCAAGCAUCAGUAACUCAGACAAACUCAAAUGGCUUUCUUCCAGGUGUAGGAGAAUCUUACGAUGAAGUCUAUACAAGAGGGCCAUCUGCAUUAGUUUCUCUGCCUGAUGCAGAUUUAAUGCCAGCCACCACCAUUGGCACAGCUCCCCUUUAUUUGUCUGCACCUGCCAGUUUAGAAUUAAAUGAAAAUGAUGCUUCAUCAAAACAACAGCAACACCAACAGCAACAAAAACUGUUACCAAACCAGAAACAACAAAUACAACUGACUUCACAUGUUUCGCCACCAUUACCACAGACAUUUAAAGCAGACAUACCUGGACGUAGCUACUUGCCUGUGAGUGGUCUUAACUUGGAUGCUCAAACUUUGCCCUCAAGUCUUCCCAGCACUGGUACUACCAAUGGCUGGCUGCCAAGCACCCUGGAAGAAGCUGCAGCAAGGAUCUGUAAACUUGAAAUAGAAAAACAAUACUUAGAUUCUACCCUGGAAAGUGCAAGACGCAGAUAUGAAGAGGAAGUAGUUGCCGUAGAAAAAUCAUACAAAAACAGAAUACAGAUUCUAGAGGAUGCCAACCAGAAAAUAGAAGCAAGACUUCGAGGGGAAAUAGAACAGCUCAUGGGACAGCACCUCAUACGUGUCAAGAAAAUGGAACAAGAAAAGGCUGACCUGGUAGCAGAAAAUUAUCGACGUCUUGAGGAACAGGAGCGAAACUCAGCACAAGAAACCGAAAAACUGAAAGAGAAACAUAGGCAGGUUCUGGCGAGCCUAAAACAAGAACAUGAGGAAACAAUUAAACUCCUGGCUGACGCAAAGAACAAAGAAAUUGAAAAAGUAGCAUCAGCCCAUGACACAUCCAGGAGCCUGUCAGUGGUUGUGGAGCAAAUUCAAAACAAUGCGAGGGAUCUGGGACAUCUGCAGCUGAAGAUGGACAGCUGGAGUCGAGCUGGGCUAGAUGAGCGAGAGAUUGGACUGCGUGCCAAAGAUGAGCAGCUAAAAAUCUUGCAAGAACGGCUUACCAAGCAAGAACAAGACAAUGAAAAAGAGAGGCGUCGUCUGGAAGACCUUAUAGCUCGUAUGGAGAUGCAAAAUCGUGAACAGCUGCGGCAGCUGGAGGAGGAACGUUGGAAGGUCAAGCAGGAACAGAGUCGGUUGGAAGCCCAGCAGACAGCGCUUGACAACGAUCGGCGGGCCUGGUCAGAGCAGCAGGCCAGGGAGCGCCUGACUUUAGAGAAGGCGAGGGAAAUCUUCCUGGAAGAACAGAGGUCUGGUUUGUCUCACUUGACUGAUGAACGACGCAGCCUAGCUGAGGAACGAAGUAAGCUUAACAUGGAGCAGAAGCUGUACCGAGAAAAACUCCAGCAAGAUGCCAUCCGUAAUGCUCAGGCAGAGACAGAGUAUCAAGUUUUGAUGAAAACAAUUGAAGAGGAGAGAAAGAGGGCUGCAGAAAGAAUGCGCAACCUUCAAAAAGAAGAAGAUCGUGUUCUUGCUGAGCGGGACAAUCUUAAUCAAAGCAUGGCAGGCUUGGAACAUGAAAAACGACAGCUAGAACAACUGGCUCUCAAUCUGAAACAGCGAUCAACAGAACUUGAGGCCAUGAGUGAAGAGGCAAAUUAUCGACACAUGGAAGGUGAGAAAGCUCUAGCUGAGGCACGGAAACUUCAUUCAGCAUACAGCCAACAGAAUCAUGAGGUUGAAGCACAGUUGUCUCGUGUCAAAGUCAUGGAAGAACACAUUACUCAGGAGAAGCUGAGAGUAGCUAAGGAGAAGAAGGAGCUGGAGAGCCUGAAGCAAGCAGUGCUGUGUGCCAGCUGCAGGAACAGCCUCCAAGCAAGCAGUGUUCCGGUUGCCAGAUACACAGGUGGAAAUGCUUUUAUAGGAAGUGCCUCAACAGACAACAUUCUGGCAGGGUUCACACCUUCUCAAGUGAUUGGGCAAGCAAAUUAUUUACCGUCACUUGCCAGGUCAAUGUUAGGAAUGAUGCCUCCACAGAUUGAGACUAUAGCUUCAUCCAUUGCUAAUGACAGGGCUGUUCGCUUGUGGAAAAUACAGGGUUUAAAGGAUCAAGAGUAUUUGGAAGAUGAGAGCUUGUUUCUAGAAGGACUUCGACAUUCUCCCUAUCACUCAGUAUCCAAAGCUUAGUUUUAUUUUAAUGCAGGAGCAUAGUAACCAGAUGGCAUGCUGCAUUGAUACUCAAGAUCUAAAAGACACCAUGAAAAACUGAUAUGUUAUGAGCAAACAAAUGUAGAGAUGACUUUUCAUAAUUCUUUGCUGACUUAUUUUGUGUUUCUCUGAGACUUUGAGGGACAAUUCGGUUGAAAUUCUUUUCAAUGCUGGUUUUAAUUCUUUUGCAGCAGUAUUUUAGUUAGAUCAUACUCAUCAUAGCUUCUAUAAAGCAGUUGUUUUCUUUUUAACAAUAACCACAUGAAUCAGGAUAUUAACAUCUGUAGUUUUAGGAAUAUGGGCUUCUUCCUGUUAAGCAAUGACAGCUGGCUUGGAAAUCCCAAAAUUUAUCUGCAUAAUUAUUUUGAUCUUACAUCUAUUUUCAUAUGGUUUACCUUUAUUGACUUGCUGAUAGUCUUACUUUGAUGGGAGAAUCAAAUGCAGGAUGGCAUUAAAAAGAGAAUGAGGUGAAAAAUUAACCUGGGGCCAUUGUUAGGAAGCAUGAAUAAGACAUUUCCCCAGGGCAAAAGGGGGGGGGGCUCAAGGAAAAGUGGUUAUAAAAUGGGAUCCAGACCCCAUGGACACUACCAUGUUUCAGAGCACCUUUGCCAUUGCUUUAUAACUAUGGCUUCAGGGGUAAAACAUCUUUGGGAUCUGGACACUGCUUUAUAAUUUUGGAGAGGAGUUCUUGUCCUUGAGUUCCACAUGUUGCAAAUAUGUACCCUGAUUUUAUCACUAUGUCUUGCUUCUAUUGCUACAAUAUUUUUAUCACAAGGUCCAUUAUCAUAACAGUGUACAAAUAUCCUUUCCUCAUUCUCUACCCCAACCACCACCAAUUCUGCCACCAUCCAAAAUGUUAAUGCAUUAUCUUCACUGCCUCACACACUCCUACUUGCAUACAAUGAAUUACAAAAACAAGACCUUGACAAGCUCUUGCAGACAAAGAAGGAAAGUGAAGGCGGUUGACGUUUGACAGCAGUCAGAAUGGUGGAAGUCAGGUGAAAGUACACUGUUAAAGAUGAAAGAAGACAAUGAUGACACAGCUCGUACACCAGAUGGUAGAAACAUAAUUUUGUUAUUUGUAGGUGGUUGUCCACAGCUCAACACGGACAUAAUCCAGCUACCUCUCUGUGAUUUUUUUUAAAAAUGACAUCCAAAUGAUGUUAGCACUCAAAAGACACGAAACAUUAACAUUAACGAAACAAUACAAGACUUACCACAGCUCAUCACAAUGUAAACACAUAUUUUCUCUUAGCAUAAAUUGUGAAAGUUUUUCAUCUCUUCAAUAUAAUAUUAGGCACAUAAUGCUAUUGUGCAUUUUCACAUCACAAAUGAUCAAAGCUGCUAAUUCAUUCCAAGUACUUCAUUACUGUGGGACUUCUCGACAGAGCUUAUUAAGGAGCAAGGUGGUAGUCAGCUAUCUAUGAAAUGUGUGUAUAGACAUUAUAGCCAAGGUGUUAGUGGUCACGCUGUAAUUAAACAGUAGUCAUGUGUACUCCCCAUUCCAGUACGGUAGAUAUCUUUACUGUAUGAUGAGUAGUUCUUGAAACCAUGGUUUUCAUUUUCAAGGUCACAUUAAAUUGCAUGCCAAACAAAGGAUUCAUAUUAAAAGUGCUUUAGCAUGGAUAAUUUCUGAAGUUCUUUAUGAAAAUCUGCAUUCAUAAUAAACUGCACAGCAUGCUUUCUUAUUGACAAA